AUGGCAUUGAUGGCAGCCACAGCAAGCUCAGCCACUGUUGUUAAGCAAACUCCUUUCUUUGGUCAAAGAAAGAGUGCUAAUCCUCUUAGAGAUGUGGUUGCCAUGGGAACUUCCAAAUUCACCAUGGGAAAUGAUUUGUGGUAUGGACCAGACAGAGUGAAAUAUUUAGGACCUUUUUCAGCUCAGACUCCUUCAUACUUAACUGGAGAAUUCCCUGGUGACUAUGGAUGGGACACUGCUGGUUUAUCUGCUGAUCCAGAAGCAUUUGCCAAGAACAGGGCUCUUGAGGUGAUCCAUGGAAGAUGGGCUAUGCUAGGAGCGCUAGGAUGCAUAACACCAGAAGUACUUCAAAAAUGGGUUAGAGUUGACUUCAAAGAACCAGUUUGGUUCAAAGCAGGAUCACAGAUAUUCUCAGAAGGUGGACUUGACUAUUUAGGAAACCCUAACCUUGUUCAUGCACAAAGUAUCUUAGCAGUACUAGGUUUCCAAAUUGUUCUAAUGGGGCUCGUAGAAGGUUUCCGCAUCAACGGUCUUCCCGAUGUUGGAGAAGGCAAUGAUCUUUACCCUGGUGGCCAAUACUUUGAUCCUCUUGGUCUUGCCGACGAUCCAGUCACUUUCGCCGAACUCAAAGUGAAGGAAAUCAAGAAUGGAAGAUUGGCUAUGUUCUCUAUGUUUGGUUUCUUUGUUCAAGCUAUUGUGACUGGUAAAGGACCUUUGGAGAAUCUUUUGGAUCACCUUGAUAACCCUGUUGCUAACAAUGCUUGGGUUUAUGCUACAAAGUUUGUGCCUGGUGCUUAA